UUGACAGGUAAGGGGCAGUGACAUCACAAGGAUACUGUAUAAAAGAUGAACGUGGGGAAAAAGUGAUGAUCUGAGCUCAUUUGAGGAGUUUUCCAAACCCACAACCAGUCACACGGUCUUCAGAGAGGACGCUGAUAUCGACGAUGGCCGAUUACGAGCGGGUUCUGAAAUGCUGGGGAGCCAUUGAGGCCGACUACGCGGGUCAUGGAGGAGAAGUUCUGACCCGUUUGUUUAAGGAGCAUCCGGACACUCUGAAGCUCUUCCCGAAGUUCAAGGGCAUCCCUCAGUCUGAACUGGCGGGAGACACGUUGGUGGCGUCCCACGGUGCGACUGUGCUGAAGAAGCUGGGCGAGCUGCUGAGGGCCAAAGGAGAUCACGCUGCCAUCCUCCAACCGCUGGCCACCACACACGCCAACAAGCACAAGAUCGCCCUCAACAACUUCAGGCUGAUCACUGAGGUGCUGGUGAAGGUGAUGGCGGAGAAAGCGGGUCUGGACACGGCCGGACAGGGCGCGCUCAAGAGAGUCAUGGACUGCAUCAUCCGUGACAUCGACCGCUACUACAAGGAGAUCGGAUUCGCCGGUUAAACGACACGCUGAGCGUCACAAACUCAGCGGGAUCAUAGAAAAAGUGCUCGUCUCGAUAAUGCCAUUAGUGAAUAGAAGUUACUGUGCAGCAAAUAUGAAUAAAACUAUCCAUAGGAAACAAAUCACAAAUAAAUACAAAACUGUGUUCAGAGAUUUUUGUCAGGGCAGCAUCGUGUUUAAUUUUGGCGGGAAUGAAAACGAGGCUGGAGUUGAAGUACAGCGCGUUCGAUGGGCUAACAACAUGCUGAUCGUUCAAUGUUAAACUUUUAGUAGACAAAACUCCACAAACAGUUUUGAAAGUUGUGAAAAUCACGUGAUCUUUCUACAGCGCGUGUACAGUCCCUCACAGCCUCGCUUUCAUCCUCCUUAGAUUCAAAAUAAUGAAGGUCAGCUGGAAUGAGCAGAGCCAAUCACGUCAGGUUUAGAAUGUCAGCUGAUCUGAUGAUGUCAUGACAGUGACCGCAGGUGCGAAGGGUCUCAGGAGGAGCCUCAGAUUAGUUUGACUAAACUUCAUUUGAAUUGCACUUGAGUGAUUGCACAUAAAUAAAUUGUAUUUUUAAUUCAAGAGAAAAUGACAAUUAAAAUAGUUUAAUUCCAGUGAUGCGGCUCUUAUUUAGAAAGAACAUAGACAUUUGGUUCUUUACACUUGCUUUGUCUUAUUAUAAUUAAUCUGCAUUAUAAAUUAAUUGCUUUGCUUUUGUAAAGCAACACUUAUUAAUAAAUGUCGCUUUUACCGGCAGAAAA